GUCCUGGGAAUCUAUUCUCAACAGCGCAAGGACAAAAAACACCGACUUUAUCUUCAUUUUUAGCCAAAUUAUUUAUCGUUCGACGGUGAUAUUGCAGCAUAUGCGGUUUCCUGGGGUCUAGUGAAUGAAAAUAUUGCAACAGAAAAGCUCACCAGGGUUAAAAAGCACCAAGUAUUUAAGGCAGACAAACUCAUGUCUGUCAAAAUGGAGGACCUUCAGUUUGGACACCAGAUCCUGCGUCCUGGUCACCAAGCUACUUAGUGUGGCUCCAGCUUGAGAGAUGAUGGUCGACAGCUCAAUCUGCUCCAGAAUUUAAAAAAAAACACAUCAGGUCACCUGUCUGCAGAGGUGGUCGAGAACCAGCAGCUCACUCCAGCAGCUCUGCAGUAGAACCAUCUGGUCUUCCACCUGAAGAUAUGUCUGGUGAUGCGGUCCGGCGUAGGGAAGCGGCAGAGGCGGGACCACGUUGUCGUCACUCAAAGGAAUGAGUUCAACGGAGUGGCGAAAAAGGCUGAGAAAUACUGCCAUCUAUCGCUCAUUCCAUUGAUGUUCUACAAGUGCUGGAGCUAUCUGAGAACAUGGAGGGCGUAUCCAAGCAUCCUGGUUUCUGCAGCAGCCGGAAGGGUGUAGAGGGAACCCAGCGGGCCUACAAAGUAGACCAGAAGAUUCAGCUCAGUGCCCCCACUAAACAGCUUUUCCCUGAUUCCAAAUUCCCUGCAGAUUUCUCCCUAAUGGCCACCGUGCGAGCCCAAAAGGGUUUGCGUUUUUUCCUGCUGUCAGUGUACAAUGAGCAGGGGGUGCAGCAGAUUGGACUUGAAGUGGGCCCUUCGCCUGUUUUUCUGUAUCAGGACCAGCACGGGCAGCCCAAACCAGACAAGUAUCCCGCUUUCAAGGGCAUCAAUCUCACUGAUGGAGGUUGGCACAGGAUAGCCUACAGCGUUAAGGGUGAGUCUGUCACCCUCUUCUUGGACUGUCAGAAGGUAGACACCGUAAAACUAGCACGAGGAGACGAGGCCAUCAUCAGCACGGAGGGCAUCACAGUGUUUGGAUCACGACUUGGGGAUCAAGGUGUAUUUCAGGGAGAAAUUGAACAACUGCUGAUUCACGAGGACCCCCAGGCGGCUGCCAGCUACUGUGUCAAAUACAUGCCAGACUGCAACUCUGCUGUGCCCCACAACGUGGUCCCGGAUCUUCUUCAGGGGAGUGACCAGACCGAAGAACCAGCCAAAAAGAACAGGAAGGGCAAAAAGCACAAAAGGAAAGGUGACAGGGGCUCUAAGGGUAAAGGCAAACGCAAGGGCAAAGGCAAGGGCAAGGGCAAGAGAAAAGGCAUGAAGGGAUCCAGGAAGAAAAACCACCAAGAGGAUGGACUUUUGGAGGACAGCUUCAUUAGAGUGUCCACAAUGCUGCCCGAGUUUCAGUCCCAGGAACCAUUUUUGGACGUACAAAGGACCCUAGGAGCUGUCACUCCUACAAAAGCCUACGAGGAUGAGACCUUCAUGGAGAUGCCUCCUCAUGACCCCUCAACUGAAGCCCCCUCACCAAGCACCAUGGAGGUUUCUGUCGAGGAGGAGAAGUCGGUGAAGAGCCCAGAGGUGGAGUACGGUGAUGACCUUUACAACGAUCUUGCUGUUUCCAUAGUAACAGCGGGGACAAAUAUUACAGAAUCUGAGGUACUCGAACAUGACGACUACAACAACACCAAGUUCGAGUACGACGAGUAUGAAUUAUACGAGGAAGGAGGCUACGACUUUGCCGAGCGGGAACGAGAGGAGACGUGGGACGGAAAGGCAAGGCUCCCCACUGAGAAAGGACAGAAGGGCGAGCCAGCUAUAUUUGAGCCGGGUACACUAGUGGAAGGACCACCAGGCCCACCAGGACCAGAGGGACUUCCUGGUCCAGCUGGACCAAUCGGCCCCCUGGGGCCCAUGGGAGAUCCUGGUGAAAUGGGUCCCGUAGGACGUCCUGGUCUUGCCGGUGCUGACGGAGUCCCAGGUCCACCAGGAACCUUGCUGAUGCUACCAUUCCAGUAUGGAGGUGAUUCCCAAAAGGGACCCGUGGUGUCCCCCCAGGAGGCACAAGCACAAGCCAUCUUGCAACAAGCACAGCUGUCAAUGAAGGGACCUCCCGGUCCGGCGGGUCUUGCAGGGCGACCGGGUCCGCUGGGUGUUCCAGGCCUAGUCGGCCACAAAGGAGACAUAGGGGACCCGGGCCCUCUGGGACCUCAAGGGUUGCCAGGACCUCAAGGGAGUAAUGGAAAGCCAGGAAAAAGGGGGCGUGCUGGAACAGAUGGUGGACGUGGAGCUCCAGGUGAAACAGGCGUCAAGGGUGACCGAGGUUUCGACGGCCUGCCAGGACUGCCAGGGAACAAAGGACAUAAAGGGGACAGAGGAAAGCCUGGUCCACACGGGCCUCUCGGAGAGCCAGGAGAAAAGGGAUCGGAUGGACCUGUCGGCCCAAGAGGACAACCUGGUGAACCCGGUCCUCGGGGUCUUGUCGGCCCGAGAGGGCCCCCAGGACCACCUGGCCAACCGGGAAUCAGUGGAGUGGAUGGAGUCCAAGGGUCAAAGGGGAACCUGGGUCCACCAGGAGAACUGGGACCUCCGGGACAACAGGGAAAUCCGGGACCACAGGGAUUGCCAGGACCCCAGGGUCCCAUCGGGCUCCCGGGAGAGAAGGGUCUCCAUGGGAAACAGGGUAUGCAAGGAAUACCAGGCAUUGACGGCCCCCCUGGUCACCCAGGAAGAGAGGGCCCCCCAGGAGACAAAGGCAUCCAAGGAGUACCAGGCAUCCAAGGGCCAAUUGGGUACCCAGGGACCCGUGGAGUCAAGGGGGCAGACGGUGUUAGAGGUUUAAAGGGCAGCAAAGGAGAGAAGGGAGAAGAUGGCUUCCCUGGCUUCAAAGGGGACAUGGGCCUCAAGGGAGACCGGGGUGAUAGUGGGGUUCCGGGUGCCCGUGGAGAGGAUGGACCAGAGGGGCUAAAGGGCCAAGAAGGAGCCAUGGGAGAUACAGGACCUCUUGGGAUUGCUGGUGAGAAGGGUCACCUUGGAGUACCAGGACUGCCUGGAUACCCGGGACGUCAAGGGUCUAAGGGAUCAGUCGGCUUCCUGGGUAUGGUUGGAGCCCCGGGAGAGAAAGGACGAAGGGGUCCAGCUGGCCAGGCGGGAUCUGGAGGUCAAAGAGGUCCUAAUGGAGCCAGAGGGGGAAGAGGAGCAAGAGGUCCCACUGGGAAGCCUGGAGAUAAGGGUUCAGGAGGACAAGAUGGCCCUCAAGGAUCCCCUGGGGAACUGGGUCCCCAAGGGCCACAGGGAAGGCACGGAGAAACAGGACCAAAAGGACCAACUGGUCCGCCUGGUAAAGAUGGACUCCCGGGUCAUCCUGGCCAGAGAGGCGAGCCUGGCUUCCAAGGCAAAACUGGUCCUCCAGGCCCACCAGGUGUUGUAGGACCACAGGGAAAAUCUGGUGAAACUGGACCCACUGGAGACAGAGGUCAUCCUGGUUCACCAGGACCACCUGGUGAGCAAGGACUACCUGGAUCAGCUGGAAAGGAAGGAACCAAGGGAGACCCAGGCCCACCUGGAGCACCGGGAAAGAGCGGCCCAGCGGGUCUCCAAGGAUUUAGAGGAAGCAGAGGGAUCCCUGGUGCGACGGGUCCUGCAGGCUUAAAAGGAGGAGAGGGUGUACCGGGUGUUGCAGGGCUCAUUGGCGCCACCGGAGAGAGGGGACCCGACGGGCCAGCUGGUGCUAUAGGACAGCCAGGGCGGCCUGGCAAUGUGGGCCCCGCAGGGCCGCUCGGAGAUAAAGGCGAACCGGGAGACAAGGGACCCGUGGGGCCAGCUGGACAAGAUGGGGAACACGGACCUGUGGGGCUGCCAGGGCCUGUGGGACCUCCUGGGCCACCUGGAGAAGAUGGAGACAAGGGUGAGACAGGAGGACCCGGUCAGAAGGGAAGCAAGGGAGAUAAAGGAGAAGCAGGCCCGCCAGGACCUAUUGGAACUCAAGGACCUGCGGGACAGCCGGGAUUGCACGGAGCCGAUGGUGAACCAGGUCCUCGUGGGCACCAGGGAAUGAACGGGGCAAAAGGAGAUGAAGGACUGAGGGGGUUUAAGGGAGCAAAUGGUCCAGCGGGUUUACAGGGAAUGCCAGGACUACCUGGAGAAAAAGGAGAGAGUGGGCAUGUUGGCUCACUGGGACCCCCGGGACAGCAUGGACCCAGAGGCCCCCUAGGGCCAAUUGGUGCAGAGGGUGCAGCCGGAAUCUCUGGUGGAGUUGGUCAGCCAGGACCUCCUGGAGAAAAGGGUGAGGAUGGAGAGGCUGGAGACCCGGGCCCGGUUGGGGAAACCGGAACUGCUGGCGUUAAAGGAGAUGUGGGGGAGAAGGGUGACUCUGGAGCGCCUGGUACAGCUGGACCUCCAGGAAUUAGAGGAACACCAGGGGAUGACGGGCCUAAGGGCAAUAUUGGCCCGAAUGGAUUCCCAGGAGACACAGGACCCCGUGGAGAAGCUGGUGUCGGUGGCAAAGAAGGUGGACCAGGACCUAAGGGUGACAAUGGAGAACCUGGCAAAGCGGGACCCCUAGGAGCCUCCGGAGAACCAGGUCCUCCAGGACCUCCUGGACGUAGGGGUCAUGUGGGUGCGGCAGGAAGUGAAGGGAAGCAAGGAAGGAAAGGAGACAAGGGAACAAUCGGCACGCAAGGUCCAGUGGGCAAAACAGGCCCUGUGGGACCACAAGGGCACCCGGGGAAGUCUGGCCCAGAGGGGCUUCAAGGAAUUCCAGGCCCUGCGGGUGAGCAAGGCUUAACUGGUGAACCAGGACAAAUUGGACCACCGGGGCCGUUGGGACCACCGGGACUUCCAGGAUUUAAAGGGGACACUGGAAUACAGGGAGAAAAAGGUCAUGGUGGGUUGAUUGGACUCGUGGGCUCCCCGGGAGAACCCGGAGAGAAAGGUGACCGUGGCCUGCCUGGUGUCGAUGGUGCACAGGGGCCUAAAGGAGAUGAGGGUGUUACUGGCACACCUGGUCCCACGGGGCCACCGGGACCACCUGGUCUGUCGGGUGCAGGUGGAGAGAAAGGAUCCAAAGGAGACAUGGGCGCCGUUGGUCCCAGAGGUGAUCCAGGCCGUUCUGGCCCUCCAGGACCCCCAGGACCGGCUGCUACUGUAGUUCAACCGCUGCCGAUGAGGGAGGGCAGGAAGAAGAAAAGACGCAACUCGAAUCGAGCCAGCGAAGCCUCAUCUAACGAGGACGAGGUGGAAAUCAAUAUGGAAGACUUUCUUCAGGCUGAUCAACCUCUGGAAGGAGACGAAGAUGGAAUGGAGGAAGUCUUUGCCACUCUUUCCUCUAUGAAAACCGAAGUGGAGCUCAUGAGGAAGCCGCUGGGGACCUUUGAGAGUCCUGCACGCACAUGCAAGGAGCUCAUGAUGGUUCAACCGGACUUCAAAGAUGGAGACUACUGGAUUGAUCCCAACCAAGGAUGCAACCGAGAUGCCAUCAAGGUCUACUGCAACUUCACGGCUGGAGGAGACACCUGCUUAGAUCCUGACAAGAAGAUUGAAACGGUGAAACCAGCAGCGUGGAACAAGGAGAAACCAGGAAGUUGGUACAGUCAGUUCAGGAAAGGCAAACAGUUCUCCUACAUCGACAUGGACGGCAACACCAUACACGUGGUCCAGCUGACCUUCCUCAAGCUGCUGAGCGCCACGGCCAAGCAGAGCUUCACCUACAUGUGCCAGAACUCGGCGGGCUGGUUUGAUAACUCAUCGCUGUCCUACCGCCACGCUGUGCGCUUCCGGGGAAGCAACGAUGAGGAGCUGACUCAAACCAAAAACGCCUUCAUCCACGCUGUCCAUGAUGGAUGCCAGUUCCGCAAAGGUCAAGAAAGUACGGUUCUGGAGAUGGACUCCGCCCCUGCCGAGCUGCUCCCCAUUAUGGACAUGUCUGCGACAGACUUUGGCAGCGGCAACCAGAAGUUCGGAUUCCAAGUGGGACGUGUUUGCUUCACUGGAUAGCAUCAUGGCUAAAAAGACAACAACAACAACAACAACAAAACCACUGAAAUCUACGAGAGAGUUUGACCACUGCGUCGAGCAAUAUUUAUUAGAUGUAUAUUAUUUAAUUUUUUUCACGGCCCGUGUUGGCUUUACAACAUGAAGAGGACCAAAAAAGGGAAAUUGACUUCCACUCUUUGGAGGAUGAACCGCUACAGCUACCUAAGACCGCCACUGACACAUUCAUUUGCAUGCUUCCUUGUCGCUAUACUGACAAUUGCAUAUUAACUCUACACGGGCGUCAUUACUCACAUUCUGUCUGCGGCGGUGAUGAAUUUUGCCUUGUUUACACCCUUCAAAGUGCAGUUUGCUACAAGCGAUUAGCAUUCAAUAGACUAGCCGACAAGACUGCCGAGUAAGAAGUACUGUAUUUGUCAGGCUGACACGGUCCAAUUAAAAGUGAGGAUAUUCCAGGACAGGAAUUAAGAGCACGCUGAUUAAAAUAUUCUCUCGUCUUCUUUAUAGAAAGGGACGUGUCAUGCAACUUCCUGUCACUUUAGCGCCACACUCGCAGGCAUUUGUUUCUCUCUAUUAUUCAUAUGUUGAAAUAUGAACGUUUUUUCGUUGGUGCUAUUUUUUUUUUUUUGUGUGUGUGUGGUUGUGUGCCUGUGUAUCACAGGACGAGUUGGAUGGGGGGGAUGGGCGGCAAUUGCUCCCUCAGCAGAAAGAAUCACCCUCAGAGGCUGGGGACUAGCUUGCUGCCGGGGAAGGGAGGUUGUUGUCGCACAUCUUCUGGCUGAUUGUGCCCAUUUCACAGGGCCCAGUGAAGGUCGCUAGGGGACAUCUCAGCAAAAGCUUUAAAGGGAAACUCUAUUCUUACAUUCAACUCACGGUGUGCUAUUGUUUUCGUUUUAGGUUAUUUAAGGAGAUUCUGGUGUCAAAACUGGAGACCAGGUGACAUCACUGGUGUUUAUGAUGUUUUAUGGUCUCGCUCUUUCACGGAAUCUUUUGCUUAAAAGAAAAAUGGUGCUAAAGUCAAAGUGGGAAACGCAUUAAUUGACAAUACUGCAUGAUAAUAUGAUAGUAGAGACAUUAUGGACACAAAAAAUUAUUGACCAUAUUGACCCCAACGUAUGACAACCCCUCUUUGGGAAUUCAUGGGAAGGUUUACAAAAUCAAAAACCCCCUAAAAAAUAAAUUAUUGUUAUACAAUCACUCAUAACUGAUCAAUGGUAAUCAUCACUGAGUGGUUAGCCGGGCUAACAGCUAGGAGACCCGAGUUCAAUUCCACCCUCUGUGUGGAGUUUGCGCGUUCUCCCCCGUGCAUGCGUGGGUUUUCUCCACACAUUCCAAAAACAUGCUAGGUUAAUUGGCGACUCCAAAUUGUCCAUAGGUAUGAAUGUGAGUGUGAAUGGUUGUUUGUCGAUAUCUGACCUGUGAUUGGCUGGCGACCAGUCCAGGGUGUACCCCACCUCUCGCCCGAAGACAGCUAGGAUAGGCUCCAGCACCCCCGCGACCCUUGUGAGGAAAAGCGGUAGAAAAUGAAUGAAUGAAUGAAUGAACAAUCACUCAUAACUGAUCAACGGUAAUCAUUACCGAGUGGUUAGCCGGGCUAACAGCUCGGAGACCCGAGUUCAAUUCCACCCUCGGCCAUCUCUGUGUGGAGUUUGCGCGUUCUCCCCCGUGCAUGCGUGGGUUUCCUCCCACAUUCCAAAAACAUGCUAGGUUAAUUGGCGACUCCAAAUUGUCCAUAGGUAUGAGUGUGAGUGUGAAUGGUUGUUUGUCGAUAUCUGACCUGUGAUUGGCUGGCGACCAGUCCAGGGUGUACCCCGCCUCACGUCCAAAGACAGCUAGGAUAGGCUCCAGCACCCCCUGCGAAUGAAUGAAUGAAUGGUAAUCAUCAUUUGACUCAGCUUAAUAUCUUAAAGUUAGCAUCAUAACUCCAUACUGUUUACCAACCUUCCAGCAGGGUCAAUGGUGUGUGUGUGUGAGUGACGGGCAAAAAAGCUUUUCCAGUAAAACCUGUUUGACGCCACCUACUAUGGAAGUCUUUACAUUGGGGUCAGUACGGUUUGUUUUUAAAUGGAAGUGUCUCUCUGAAUGUUCUGAACUCUUGUUUCCACACCAGUGUUGCUUUGAACAAAUACAUACAGUAAACAGCUUGUUUAAUCUUGGGUCCUUAAUGUUAGCAUAGCAUUGUACAUUCGAAUUCUUGCAAUUGAUCACUUAAAGGCCAAUUUAGUUCUUCCAUAUGGUUGGUUGUCUUGGGUCUUUUCAGAGCAGUUGUUCAGACAUUAUCAUUGAUGGAGGAAAUAUGCCUGUAUCAAUACUGUACUGUGAAAUAUCACAAUAUCGAUAUUUGUAGCAGUCAAUCUAACGCUGGCCUUUUGCGUAACAUUGUAAAUGUCAUCUGGAAAUGACUUCUUUACCAAUAACGAACUUGGUACCCAACUUUUGAUUUGUUUGCCCAAAAAACGUACCCCCCCCCAUCUGUCCCGUCCUGGCCCACCCUACUCCACAGCCAUGUGCACAUGAGUUGCUGAUUUUUGUACAGUUUUUCCGAUAUGAUCUGUGUAGCAUGGAUGCUAAAUAAAUUUGCCAAACCCUUCCAGUCGCUCGAG